CACACUGAGCACGCAUUAAAAGUAUACAAAUUAUUAAAUAAAACAAUUGACAAUAAAUACAAACUAUGGAUAAUGUAAAAGAACUAAUACAAUUCAUGCAGCCCAAUCAGCGCCUGGAUCUGAAAGCAGUUGCUUUAACACAUGUGCUAAGUCUAACUGGCAGUACAGAGGGAAAAGAUGCAAUACUCUCGCUAGACGAUAUGUUAAUGGCCAUUUUCGGACUAACGUUUGAUGCCAAUUCGACAGUUGCGAAGGAUGCAGUCCUCAGUCUGAUAAAUCUAACGGCGGAAGAAGCCGGCGCAAUCAGAGUCUUCGAAUUGGCGAAACAAGUACAGCCCAGCUUUGACAUAGUGGGCGUGGCCGCCAAGCAGAUAUGCGACGAGCAGGCGGAGCUUGCCGAUGCCUGGAGCAUGGUUCUCAGCAACUUAACGCGCGUCGAGUCGCUGGUGCAUGUCAUACUGGACACAUUGGAACCGACGCUGCCCAAACUGGCAAAAGCCUUUGCCAAGCUGGAUUAUAAUAAGAAAAAAUCCAAGCUCCACUAUUUGGCGCCCAUAUUUUGUAAUCUUACUCAAGUGCCUCGCGGGCGAGAGCUGUGUUGCCAGCCAAAGUACCAGCUGCUGGAGAAGCUACUGCCCUUUGCCUCAUUUGAGGAGAGCGUAGUGCGCCGCGGUGGCACUAUUGGCAUCAUCAAAAACAUAUGCUUUGAUGCCGUGUAUCAUGAUGUCAUAUUGAAUGAGCAGGAUGACAUAUUGGUUGCCAUACUGCAGCCACUGUGCGGACCCGAAGAGUUCAGCGAUGAAGACAAUGAAAAGCUGCCCAUUGAGCUGCAGUAUCUGCCCGAGAGCAAGACUCGUGAAACAGAUCCGGACCUGCGCAAAAUGCUGUUGGAGUGCCUGCUGCAACUAUGCGCCACGCGACGAUGCCGCGAGGUGCUGCGCGCCAAAGGCGUCUAUGAAAUACUGCGAGAGUACCACAAAUGGGAGGCGAAAGUGGGACGAGACAGCGAAUGUCUGCUGGCCUGUGAGAACGUGGUAGAUAUUCUAAUCAAAAAAGAGGAUGAAAUUGGCUUAGACAAUUAUAAAAGCGUGGAAGUGCCUGCAGAGCAGGCCGAUAAGUUUAUUCAGGAGGAUGCCGCGUAUGUCAAGAGUCUUUUAGAUUAAUUUGUUGUAGACUCUGGUGCGAUAGCCCAGCCGGUAAUCAGCUGAUGAAUCAAGCUCUUUAUCACAGUCGCAGAUGUGGUU